GACCAGUCUCGGACUCGUCGCCCUCCUAUCAAAUAGAGUUAACCAUCUCUCCCCACAAACUCAAACUCCCAACCCCCAUUAUUCCCCAUUAUUGUUCCCCCCCUAUUUAUUUUUCUUUAUUUUUAUUUUUAUUCAUUCAAAACCUCUCUCCUCAUUCUUCAACUUUCUUUUUCUCUCCCAGAAAUUCUCUGUUUUUUGCUUACUCUCUGAAGAAUUCUCUGAGACAAUGGACAUGGGUGCGCAGUACAAUCCUCGAACAGUUGAAGAAGUUUUUAGGGAUUUUAAGGGUCGUCGUGCUGCUUUGAUUAAGGCUCUCACUUCUGACGUUCAGGAAUUUUAUCAACUGUGUGACCCAGAGAAAGAAAACCUUUGCUUGUAUGGGUUUCCCAGUGAGCAGUGGGAAGUCAAUCUUCCUGCUGAAGAGGUACCUCCUGAGCUCCCAGAGCCUGCUUUGGGCAUAAAUUUUGCAAGGGAUGGGAUGCAGGAGAAGGAUUGGCUAGCUUUGGUUGCUGUUCACAGUGAUGCCUGGUUGCUUUCUGUUGCAUUCUAUUUUGGAGCUAGGUUUGGGUUUAAUAAAAAUGAAAGGAAGCGGCUGUUCUAUAUGGUAAAUGAACUCCCAACGAUAUUUGAGGUUGUGACUGGCUCUGCUAAGAAACAAGUGAAGGAGAAAUCUCCAGUUCCUAAUCACAGCAACAACAAGCCAAAGUCAAACUCAAACUCAAACUCCAAAUUGGGUAACAAGUGCGCAAAGGAUAUUAUUCCACAGAGGUAUGUAGAGGAAGGCUUCGAAGAAGAUGAGGAAGAGGAUGAGCAUGGGGAUACCUUAUGUGGUGCAUGUGCAGAAUCGUAUGCAUCAGAUGAGUUCUGGAUUUGCUGCGACAUUUGUGAAACUUGGUUUCACGGCAAGUGCGUGAAGAUCACACCCGCCAGAGCUGAGCACAUCAAGCAUUACAAAUGCCCAUCUUGCAGCAGCAACAAAAGAGCUCGGCCAUGAAAUGACAUCGGGGUAUCAACUUAAUCUGUUCAUUAGUUUUAUCGGCUCCAACUUGUGCAUGUCUAGAACUUUCCGGUAGGAUCUAGGGUCUUUAGUCGCGGACCUGAAAACUGCUUUAGUCUGUAGAUUAUGUUUAAUUGAGGUUUUAUAAAUUCUAUAUCAUCAGUUUAAAACUAAUUAUUAGUGUUCUUUGCAAAAGUAA